UCCAUAUUGAUUCCAGCCGGCUCAAUCUGGUGACUCCCCACGGUUCUUGACUCCAGACUUUAAUAAAUGGAACUGGUCUAAGACAUACCCCACACCAACUGUAACCUUGUCACCGAUACACAUCAAAACGAAAAUGUCCAUCUUCCUGUUUUUCGUUGCUUGUCUCCCUUUGAUGGUCAACGCUGUAAACAUCACACAAGUCGCCUACGAGGUCUUCAGAAGGAUAGACACACCCCAAGAUGGCCACUUGACCAAGGCUGAAGUUUUAACCUACUUCGACAGCCACGACAUCAACCAUGACGCCAGAGUGACCAGAGUCGAGUACGAGCAGCGGGUUGACCAGCUGUACCGUGACCCCGAUACCAACCAGGUCCUGCGCCAGAUCUUCCCCGGACUGGACACCGACAACAACAACAUCCUCGACAACGCCGACUACGACGACAUCUUCACCAUCGCUGACGCCAACAAGAAUAACAUGAUCACAGUGGACGAGUUCACACGAUACUUCACGAUAAUAGCAACAUAAUUGUUUUGUUGUUUUAAAAUAAUCGCUUUGAUAUACAGAUGUAACAUGGUAAAUUAUAACUUUUUCACACGGCCAA